AUGGGAAAUUGCUGCAGACAACAAAUGGAUGUAAUAACAACUUAGAAUCCUCCUGAGCCUAAUCCACCUCACGCUCUUCCAAAAGCUUCUUCUAAUUUCACCUUUGCAAAGUCACGAUUUUCUUCUGACUCAACCUUGAAACUCCCUCCUACAUUUUCAGAUCCUGCAUUAUUUGCAGUUGAACAGAACGAUAAUUCUCGUGAUGUAAUUGAGCAUAUUCAAGAUAUUUCAGGUGAAGAAUUGCCAUAA